ACCCUUCUGCAUCUUAACACACUACUACCGCAUCAAAAGUGCCAUGCACUUGCUGUUUUGCUGACGUCCGAUCCACACAUACGACCAGUAAUCCCCAACAGUCUUUUUGUUGCGACAUUGGCAUUGCCCUCAAARCCAGCAAACCAAGGAWUUAUUUUUGUGAUUUGGCUGACCAUACCAUAGAAAAUAUCUGAUCACGGUCAUGAUACCAUCAUUGAGGAUUACUGUGUCCUCCCUGUCGUUGGCCUCGUAUGUAUUUCUUUGAACGCCAAUGCUAGCCUAGCAUGGGCACGUAAUAACUGCUUCACUCCAGUACACCGGUACUAUUAAUGAGAUGCAUUCCGGAUCUUUGUUCAACUUAAACGUGAAACUCGAUGUUUCCGGCACCUUGCUCUUGCAUGGCAAGAUACUGCGCAUCGAAACGCUCGGUAUUGCUCGUCGAUGCAUUCCUAGAAGCGACCACCGCUGCCCCCUCCCGACGUGCCACCCCCAAACGAAUACUCGCCACCCCCACCGCUGUCACCUCCAAARCUGCUCUUGUAGUUGCUUCCAGAAGACCGGGUGCGAUGCGCCUCUCGCACAAUYGCCGGGUCGUUGUUUCGGAAGRACGGGUCUCUAGCCAACGAUCCGCUGAAGGAUGGACUCGACCACCUCGUCACGUGCUCGGUCGAAAUAUACCGCGGAUACAGCUGUGCCAACCUUUCGAGGCGAAAGUUUCGAUCCCUUUGAUACAAGUCCAUUGCGUCGUGAAUUUCAUCUGCAACAUUGUCCUCUACCAAAUUGUUUGCCUCGUUGGCAUUGUCGUCAUCGAAUACGGKACUAUCAUCGUCGUCAUAUCCAAUGCUGGUGGUGGUGGUGCUCCUGCUGUUGUUCCUGUCGCCAUUAGUUUSUUCGUUUUGGCUUUCGGCCGUUUCGUUUCGUGUCAGCAAAGGUGUGCGKAUCUUGUCAGCAGGACAASCACUAGACACGCAACCGACAUCGGCACGGCACACCGGGCACUUUGUCACGUCCCCUCUUCCCGAUGCCACCCACUCUUCGUAACAGGUUUUGUCAAAGACGUGACCACAUCGCAGCAACUGGAUAGGGCGACCAUCGGAUCCAAUGUGCUCCGAUCGAAAAUCCUCGAGGCAAAUCGGGCAGCUCGUUGCCGGGCRGUAGGUUCCCCGCAACGCCUCGGCUCGAGCCCGAUCGAUUUCCGACAACCUAGUUGCAGCCGCGGCGUAGUCUCGCUGGUCUCGGCGUGUUUUCCACCUAUUCAGUGCCCCCCAUCCAAACACAAAGAAUGCCCAUGUCAGGACAAUCGCGUUCUUGCUUAUCCAAUCAAAUACGCAUUCGAAGACCGAGGGCUCUUCCCCUUUCUCGAGGACUUCUGCGAUCGCAUCGAUGCCGUGCAUCAAUCCCUUUUCGUAUUCGGCCCGUUUCAGAUCUGGUCUCAUCUCGUUGCGAAUGAUCCGAUCGAUUCGACCGUUUGUCAAAAUAUGCCUUAGUGCRCCACCGGUGGAUACAAAAACAACGCGRUCGCGAACACUGAGGAAUACAAGGACACCGGUGCCACCACCGCCGCCAUUGUUCUCUCCACCAUCGUUUGUGUCGGGUAUUUCGUAACCGAUGCCCCAUCUGUCGUGUAGGCUCAUUGCAGAUUCUCUCGCAUAUUUCUCAACCAAGGUAUCAUACUCGUCGUCGUCAAGAUUUCUCGGAAUGCCAAGUUCUUCCACUAUGGCAACCGCGAUUUGGACGGGAAAUCCAUCGACGUCGCAAUCUGRAUCGCUUUGACCUUUGACGCUCGCGUCUUUACCGGUGUUUUGACACCCUGUCGACGUMAUUUGUCCCGUUCUUGACACGACGAAGCGGGACGAGUAGAAAAGGAGUUUUUCUGCGAUGUUGUGCUUUGCUUCUCGGGUUAGGAUCGCGCUUGGAUCACUGACGCCAUCGUUCGGUGGCGGAAUGCUCUGGAGUCUUUCCCGAAUAUUCUGCUGCACGGGAGAYAAGUGAGUCUUGCUCCCCGUAUCAGCCAGUGUUCCCCUUGCCCUCGGUAGCAGCAACAACAAUGUAGUGAAAGUGUGAAGUAUUACCUUCUUCAUCGUGCUUGUGGAAAUAAAAUUUGCUUUGUCGACUGUUUGUUGAUCUUGUAUUUCGGAAAAAGUAUUUAAAUUAUGUCGCUWGUGGUUCAAAAUCUGCAACACAAGCAUCGUCUAGAAUCUCGAGUGUUGAAUGGUCGCACCAGUACGUGACGUGACACCCCAGUACGAACCGUACCGUACCGUGCAGUAGCAUACGACACGGAAAGAAUACUAGAAGUCGAUGGACACGACUCAAAACUUUUUUGUGGACUCGACAUUUUAAAUCUUGGAUGCUUACAGUACUGUAUUACGGUACGUUCGUACGGURCUAGCACUUGUACCGUACACCGUACCUGCAAUGUUUCAAAUUCGAAUUCCGUACGGGUUUCCUAGUGUGAAAUAGUGACACUCCUUAGUAGUGCAUCUACUCGUGAUUUAGGCUCACAUCUAGUAGUACAAGUACAAAGUUUUCUUAUGUACUGCAUAGGUAAAGCAUUCUUUGGGCAUCAUAACGUGUCGAAAGGUUGAAAGGACUGAUACAGUAUUGAUUAAAGUGAAGCAGCGUUUGUGCGCUUGUUGAACGGAACCGAUCAAUUUACAAACUUGAUUUGCUUCAAAGCUUGUUUCGAUCAAAUCAUUUUUGAUCGCAUCUUUUCAAAAAUGACUUGAGGCAUGGGCGCAAAACCGAGCACAACGAAAACGAAAAUCCUGUUGUUACAAUAGUUGAAAAUUACCAAGUUAGUAGUAUUCUUCUAGUACARUACUUUAAGAAAGAAGUUGCGAGCCUCUCURCAGCACGGUAAUAUAGGAUCUAGUAGUUG